AUGGCCGUCGACGUUUCGACGGUGUUACAGCGGGUGGAGGAUAGGCUGCAGUCCCUGGGAGACAUGGAUCAAGAGUCUUUGGCCCAUUUCCUGGACAUCACAGAGGCCCAAACGAAACCCGGCAGCCCGGCGCCAUCUGAGCCGAGCUGCAUCCUUGCCUCCGUCCUAGCCAUCGGCAACGCUGGGGACCCUGAGGAUGUAGAGGCUGAGAUGAUCUAUGAUGCAGCUACAGCCGCUGGUGUGAAAAGUUGCAAACAUCUACCGAAUCCAGCGCGCGACGCGUUUCUGAACGCCGUUGAUGACUUUAUACUCGACAUGAACACCGUCGGGUCUGAAGGCUCGGCACAUCUGUUCUACUAUGCUGGGGAUGGCUGCGAGAUCAAUUGCUUUCGCUUCAUUCCCAUAGAUGCCACCAGGGCUGAUCGAGACUACAUUGCACGUGGAGACAUCAUGGAACAAAUUGAUAAGAAAGUACAGGGCCACAUCAUCGUGUUCUGCAUUGACGCCUGCCGCAACAACCCCGACAAGGAGAAGGUCAAAGACAGGUUUGAUAACGAGCGCGGGAGAAGCAACAGGUACUGUUUGUUGUUCCGCACUUCAGUUGGGAAUGAGAUCAACGAGUUGGAGGAAGAAGGCCUUUCUGUGUUUGCGGAGACAGUCCGGGAAUUCAUUCCGAAGUUGUCGCAAUUUGAGAUGAUCCCAGAUUGGAUUGAGCAGAUCACGCAGGUUAUCAAGAGCAAGGACGAGCGAGAAGUACCUCUGCAGCCCACCCGUGGUGGGCUCCUUCAGGAGCGUUCGGAGCUACUCUGCCAGCAGCAGCUCCUCAAGGUCUCCAAUGCCUGGCACAGCCACUCUGGCCCCGAUCAGUUCUACGAGGUGGGCAUCGAUCAGACUGCGAGCAUCAUCUUGGGGAGCACAGAAGGCAGAUCGGCAGCAGAUGUCAAAAAAGACUUCGCUGUCCGUGGCAUGGGCCCCAACUAUCUGAUCACUGCGGAAGGCCAUCGAGUAGUACUGGUACGGGAAGAUUUUUGCGCCUGGGAUUACAACAUGGCCUGCUGGCACGCGGAAGAGGUUAAGGAACUCGGACAUAUCCCCGGCAUCGGUCAGAUUAACGAGGUGAAAUCCUAUUCUGUGUCUAUUGCCUUGGAGGGUGAUGGGGAGGAGGCCUACAGUGACUCACAGUACAGCACCCUCAUCAUGCUGCUGCAGCGCCUCAUUGAGAAGUACCAGGUACUGCACACCGAAAUUGGCGUAAAUGGUGCAGGGUAA